AUGGCACUCACCCAACAACAGCGAAGUGUAUUCCUACAUGAUGAUCACGACGUUACAUUGAUCAAAGAUCCUAUAGCAUUUUAUCACCUUCAACCCCUGACUGCAGGUGGUGCUAACCCAAGCAAUGAAAUUUCGGAAUCGGCUGAGUCUGGAUGGUCACAAGAAGAGCAGAAACUCUUUGAGACUAGCUAUGGCUUGCAACCCAAACAAUUUGGCUGGAUUGCAUCUCAAAUUCAAACCAAGACUCGAGCAGAAUGUGUACUGUAUUAUUAUCGAACCAAAAGAUCGAACCGAUACCGA